AUGCUACGCUGGAGAGCGUAUAAAUGCUGGUACAUGAGGGUGAGGAUGAACCGGCCGUCUGGAAUUGGAUCGAGCAAGACGUUCGUUCUACUCUGGUCUCACCUCGCCCUCCCUCCCGCUCUCAUGACUCGGUUGUGCUAUUUGCUCUCGGCGGCGUUGGCCUGUCUUGGCACCGUUGCAGCUCAGGAACCGACGGCCCAGGUCCUCAACGGCACGUACCGCGGUCGUCACCUGUCUGAAUGGGACCAAGAUGCCUUCCUCGGCGUGCCUUUUGCCCAGCCUCCCGUUGGUCAGUUGAGAUACCGGUGGCCCAAGAGCCUCAACUCUUCCUUCGACGGCGUGCGGGACGCCACUGAGCAAGGGUACAGCUGUAUGCAGUUCAGGGGAAACUUCAACAUGUCCGAGGACUGCUUGACUCUGAAUGUUGUCCGUCCAGCUGGCAAAUUCGAUAAGCCGCUGCCCGUUCUUGUUUGGAUCUUCGGCGGUGGUCUAUACACCGGCUCUGUCGCCGACCCGCAGUACAACCUCUCGGGCAUCGUCAAAGUCAGCCAAGACAUGGGCCAGCCCAUCAUCAGCGUGGCCAUGAACUACCGUCUCAACAUGUACGGGUUCCUGCAGACCCAGCAGAUCCUCGCCGAGGGGUCGAGCAACGCCGGCCUGCUCGACCAGCGGCUGGCCCUCCGGUGGAUCCAGGAGAACAUCGCGGCCUUUGGCGGAGACCCGGACCGCGUGACCAUCUGGGGCGAGAGCGCGGGGGCGCAGAGCAUCGCCUACCACCUCUUCAGCUACGACGGCCGCGACGACGGGCUCUACCGCGCCGCCAUCCUCGAGAGCGGCGGCCCGACGGGCGCCCAGGUCCAGAACCUGGCCUACUACAACGCGCCCGUCGAGAACCUGACGCGCACCGUCGGCUGCUGGACCGCCAAGGACCAGCUGGCCUGCCUCCGCGGCCUCAGCCAGGCGGACCUCUUCGCCGGCAACCCGAGCCAGGUCUGGAACCCGCUGAUCGACGGGGACUUUUUGACGGGCUACCCGAGCCAGCUGAUCCGCGACGGCAAGUUCGUCAGGGUGCCGCUGCUCACCGGCGCCAACAGCGACGAGGGCAUCAACUUCAACCCGAGCAGCCCGCGGCCCAACACCGAGGCCGACCUCUUCAACGGCUUCUCCUACUGGCGCUCCUACGCGCUCUCGCCGCCGACCAUCCGCCGCCUCUUCGAGCUGUACCCGGACGACCCCUGCACCCAGCCGCCGGUGUCCAUCACCAACUGCUCCGUCUUUCCGGACAAGGGCCUGCAGUGGCGGCGCGGCGCCUCCAUCGGCGGCGACCUCGUCAUGAUCUCGGGCCGGCGCAAGAUGUGCGAGCUCUACGCGCGGCCGGACGUCGCCCAGCCCGUCUACAGCUACCGCUUCGACCAGCUGCUCUGGAACCGGACGGAGCUCGAGGGCGUGCGGCACUUUGACAACGUCGCCUUCAGCUUCCAGAACAUCUCGGGCCUGCUGGGGCCGUCGCCGCAGUACGACGACCACGCGCGCCUCGCCCGGGCCAUCGGCCAGGCCUACGUCCGGUUCGUCUACGAGCUGGACCCCAACUCGCAAGCCGGCGGCGGUGGCGGCGGUGGCGGCAACGGCACACUUUACACGAAUGGCACGGGGCUGUUGCCGUACUGGCCCGAGUACGACGUGACUGCGCCCAAGAACAUGGUCCUGAAGGCGUCCAAGAGCUUUGUCGAGGACGACACCUGGCGGAAGGAGGGGAUAGACUUCAUCAACACGUACGAGGUGGCGAGGGAGCUUCUUGCAUGA